AUGGCAACGGGAGUUGCAGCUUGGCUUCCUUUUGCGAGGGCGGCAGCUAUUGGGUGGAUGCCUGUGGCCAACUGCCCCAUGCCAAUCGCACCAAGAGACAACAGCAGGAGGCAAGAUGAGCUGAUCAUGCUUAAUGUCAGCGGGCGCCGCUUUCAGACGUGGAGGACAACUCUUGACCGGUAUCCGGACACGCUGCUGGGCAGCUCUGAGAAGGACUUCUUUUACAACGAGGAAACCAAGGAGUACUUCUUUGAUCGUGACCCCGACGCCUUUAGGAGCAUCCUCAACUUCUACCGCACCGGGAAGCUCCACUACCCGCGCCACGAGUGCAUCUCAGCCUACGACGAGGAGCUGAUUUUCUUCGGGAUCAUACCUGAGAUCAUUGGCGACUGCUGCUACGAAGAGUAUAAGGAUAGAAAAAGGGAGAACUCGGAGCGGCUGCAGGAUGACCAGGAGGAGAACAAGGACCUAAAGCAACCCAACAUGAACUUCAGGGAGACCAUGUGGCGCGCCUUUGAGAACCCCCACACCUCCACCAUGGCCCUGGUCUUCUACUAUGUCACUGGUUUCUUCAUUGCGAUCUCAGUCAUCACCAAUGUGGUGGAGACCGUGCCCUGCGUUUCUACCACCAACCAGAAAGACAUGCCUUGCGGCGAGCGCUACACGGUGGCGUUCUUCUGCAUAGACACCGCCUGCGUCAUGAUAUUCACCGUCGAAUACCUGAUGCGCCUGUUUGCCGCGCCCAGCCGCUACCGAUUCAUGCGCUCCGUGAUGAGCAUCAUCGAUGUCGUGGCCAUCUUGCCAUACUACAUCGGCCUGGUCAUGACCAACAACGAGGACGUGAGCGGCGCCUUCGUAACGCUGCGCGUGUUCCGAGUGUUUCGGAUCUUCAAGUUCUCGCGCCACUCGCAGGGCCUACGGAUCCUGGGUUACACGCUCAAGAGUUGUGCUUCAGAGCUGGGCUUCCUGCUCUUCUCGCUCACCAUGGCCAUCAUCAUAUUUGCCACGGUCAUGUUCUAUGCGGAGAAGGGCUCCAGCUCCACCAAGUUCACCAGCAUCCCGGCCUCCUUCUGGUACACCAUCGUCACAAUGACGACAUUGGGGUAUGGAGACAUGGUACCAAAGACAAUUGCUGGAAAGAUCUUCGGCUCCAUCUGCUCCCUGAGUGGUGUGCUGGUGAUUGCUUUGCCUGUCCCUGUCAUUGUCUCCAACUUCAGUCGCAUUUACCACCAGAACCAGAGAGCGGACAAGCGCCGGGCUCAAAAGAAAGCCAGGAUGGCGAGGGUUAGAAUUGCCAAGUCUGGCAGCGCCAACGCCUUCCUCCUGAGCAAGCGGAACGGACUCCUCAACGAACUGCUAGAGCUGACGGGUACAGAGGAGGAUGAGCAGAAGCUUUCAAAGUCCCUCUCUCUGUUAGAGAGCCAACACCACCAUCUACUGCACUGUCUGGAGAAAACCACUGCUCACGAGUUUGUGGACGAGCAGUUGUAUGAGCAGAAUUGUUUAGAGACAGCUCUGCAGACCUAUCCAUCACGCAGCCCCUCUAUGGCCAGCCAUGACAGCCCUGACGUCGGCUGCUGUGGUCGGAGGGGAAAGAGGAACAGUCCUCUGCCCAAUGCCAGCCUCCCCGCACCCCCCCCUGCCCCCAAACACCAGGGCCCGCUGCAGGAACUCAGUGCCAUCCACAUACAGUGUGGGGAACCACUGUUACACACUGCAAGUCGUUCACACCUCAACCUGAAAACUGACGACGGCGGCAGGUUCAACAGCAAAAGCGGCCGCAUCACCACGGCUAUCAUCAGCCUCCCAACACCUCCUUCUUUAACCCCUGAUGGCGACGGUCUCCACGGGCCGCCACAGCGAAGGCCGCCCCCUCCUCCUGGUCACCCAGCAACCCCGAGCAUCCAGACCACAACAAGCUCCAGCAACAUUGUCAAAGUCUCAGCUCUGUGA